CCUUAGCAACAGUCGAUUUGACAACAAAUAACACCUCUCACUCAUGCCCCCUUGUUUACAACUCAUUUUAUUAUUUAAUUUGUCUGAUUUAUCGAGUGGAAAAUGUCUGAGAGUGAUGACCACGAGGUCACGACCACCGAUACGAAGAGAAAUCCAUCGGUGGCGUCACUGGAGCAAAACAAAUCCAACGUAAACAUUGAGCCGCUCGACGAUGUCGAGGCAGACUCCUCACAGGCGGUUUAUCAAAUUCGUCCACAACUGUCUGACAAAUUCAAACCUCAGCUGGUGAAGGAACUGAUUGACGAUAUCCUGCAUGAUCAUUUGGCUGCCAAGAAGUACUCUAUCGAGGAGGCCAACAAGUUGAGCAGGACAAUUGCUGAUUCCAUUAGAAUUAAAGUGAAAGAACUCCAUUAUCGACAGUACAAAUACGUAGUGAAUGUCAUUCUGGGGGAGUCGAGAGGCGCAGGAAUGAAGAUGGGGACGAGAUGCAUAUGGGACGCAGAGGCCGACAGCUACGCUCACGGGAGUUUCAAAAACGAGACGAUCUUCUGUGUGGCCUGUGUCUACGCUGUUUUCUACUACUAAAAAUUUUUAUUAACGAGUCUCAUCACUUCUUUAUGAAGAGAACACUAGUAUUAAUUGACGAAGUUGCUAAGUGCAGUACUGAGACCAUGAGAUCGAUUCUAGCUCAUCUCUAAAGACGAUUAUCAAUAAUAUAAUAUAAUUAAUUUAAUAUAUGAAUGAAUGAGAGUUAAUUUGAUAAA